AUUAAUCAAGGUGUACAGGCAGUUAUUGGGACCACUGCCCCUGGCCAGGAAGAUGAUGUUUGGUGCGAUUUUAUGAAAGGACAGGUGGAGAAAUGCACUAGAGAGAUCGCCAAUGCAAGAAAUCAUUAUUUAGAAGCUAUAAUUGCAUCGUAUGGUGCAUCGGAAUCGAAGGUGGCCAGAAUCCAAAUUCUUUCAAUUAUUGUUGAUCUUAUGCCGUAUAAUGACAUCAAAAAAGUCUUCCCGAAGUAACUGAUUACAAACUCUAUCAAGCCAAAAAAACAAUUGCUAACGCAUGGAAGAGGCCAGAAUAGUGACCUAGUUGCUGCCUUGAUGUGUCAUACCUUAUAAGAACAGAAGGCAAAGCAUCCAGAACUAAAGGACGCCUAUUAUCGUAGCGACUGCGCAGGAUCAUAUGCAUCAAGUAAUGUUAUCAUUCCAAUUGAACAUAUGGAGACUCUCACAGGGGUGUCUGUAAGGUGAAACGAGUUUUCUGAGCCACAAGCUGGAAAGGGGCCAUGUGAUAGGAGUUCUGCUCAUCAGAAAUCCCAUGUGACUAGAUAUCUUGAUGAGGGUAAUGACGUCAUGACCCCUCUAGACAUCAAACGAUCGAGCACUUGAGUCAAACAAUGGCGUGAAAGGCGUUGUGCCGUAUGUUGUAGAAGGCGUGUCUGUUUCCAGCACAAAGGUCCCGAAAAUAACUGAAAUCAGCUUAUUACGUAACUUCAAAUAUGAUUCCAACGGGUUGAGAGUUUGGAAGGCCUUUGACAUAGGAAAUGGAAAGUUGCUGAAGUGGAAUGAAUUUGACAAAAACAGUCAAUGCUUUCCUCAAGAACUCUCAGUUGUUGUACGUAUUUGCUGCUCCAUCUAAAAAGGCCCAAACACACGAUGUUCGUGAUCAAGAGGACAAUGAAGGAAUCAGGGAUACUACAAUGGAUAAGUCAGCAAUGUUUCAUUGUCCUGAAUCAGAGUGUGUAAAGCAAUAUGUUACUUGGGGAAGACUACAAAGACACAUCGCGGCAGAAAAGCAUACAGUACAUUCCAACCAAAAAAUGAGCCUGUUGAGGAUAUUGUGAAGCAAAAGUGGACGGGCUUGUUUACAAGAACUAUUGCGGAAGAUCAUGCUAGCAUUGGAGUUCAACUUUCUGCAGUUCAACUUAUCGAAGGGAAGAACGUACCUCGGGGAUGGGCUUUAAAGAAAUCGGAGAAAUCCAAAAAGUUUUCCAUUAAAGUCAAGCAGUAUUUGAUCGAGAAGUUUCAACUUGGUGAGACAACUGGCAAUAAAGUCAAUCCUCUUCAGGUUUCAGUAGACAUGAGAUGUGCAAGAAACGAGGAUGGUAAACGCAUGUUUUCAGCGUCCGAAUGA